AUCAUGUCCUGGGCAAAAGCGAUCGUCGGCGAGUUGGGCGCCAGAGUUUAGCGCGGUUGGUUCGGUCGGUUGUCGAGGUCAAGAGUUGUUCAAGGGAAAAAUUCAUCAAGACACAGAGGAACACUCAAUUAUUAAGGAAUAAAGGACAAUGGCACUGUUUAGAGUGAGCGCGGCGCGUUGCCUGGAGCUACAAAAGCUGAGCGCUCCAGUUAUUCUCCGUCAGCUGUCAUCCGAAUCCACUGAUCUCAAGAAGAUACUUACGGAAAAAAUACCUCAAGAGCAGGAGCGCAUCAAGGCAUUCCGAAAAAGCCAUGGCUCCACCAAAGUCGGCGAGGUCACCGUUGACAUGAUGUACGGUGGUAUGAGAGGGAUAAAGGGGUUGGUGUGGGAGCCCUCAGUGUUGGAUGCCGACGAGGGUAUCAGAUUCCGAGGUAAAUCAAUUCCUGAGUGUCAGAAGCUCCUGCCUAAGGCCCAGGGUGGUGGUGAACCCCUGCCAGAGGGUCUCUUCUGGCUCCUGAUCACUGGGGACGUUCCCACAGAUGCUCAAGUCAAGGCUAUCUCCAAGGAAUGGGCAGCGAGGAGCUCACUGCCAGCUCACGUUACCAAAGCCCUCAAUGACUUUCCCAAGCAUCUCCACCCGAUGUCCCAGUUUUCAGCUGCCAUCACCAUUCUCAAUAGUGAGAGUGAAUUCGUGAAGGCUUACAGCAGUGGUACUCACAAGAGCAAAUACUGGGAGUCAAUUUACGAGGAUUCAAUGAAUCUGAUUGCCAAACUGCCCGUGAUUGCUGCCACUAUCUAUCGUAAUACUUAUAAGAAUGGAAAGGGACUUGGAUCGGUUGACAGUGGGAAGGACUGGUCCUGGAAUUUUGCCAAUAUGCUGGGGUAUGACAAUCCCGAGUUCAUCGAGCUCAUGAGACUGUACCUGACCAUUCACUCUGACCAUGAGGGAGGCAAUGUCUCAGCCCAUACCGUUCACUUGGUGGGAUCAGCCCUCUCUGAUCCUUAUUUAUCGUUUGCUGCUGGAAUGAAUGGCCUUGCUGGACCUCUCCAUGGUCUUGCUAAUCAGGAGGUUCUAGUGUGGCUUGAAAAACUCAGAUCUCAAGUUGGUGACGCUCCUAGUGAUGACAAGCUCAAGGAAUUCAUCUGGAAUACUCUUAAGAGUGGCCAGGUCGUUCCUGGAUAUGGACAUGCCGUCCUCAGGAAAACUGACCCCAGGUACACCUGCCAGAGGGAGUUCGCCAUGAAACAUCUCCCCAAUGAUCCACUCUUCAAGUUGGUGGCUCAGGUUUACAAAAUCGUCCCCCCAGUUCUCCUGGAGACUGGCAAAGUGAAAAACCCAUGGCCCAACGUAGACGCUCAUUCUGGCGUUCUUCUUCAAUACUAUGGCAUGAAGGAGAUGAAUUAUUACACGGUACUUUUUGGAGUGUCCCGAGCACUGGGAGUUCUGGCCUCACUGGUAUGGGACCGUGCACUCGGUCUACCAAUUGAACGGCCCAAAUCCCUCAGCACUGAUCUCCUUAUGAAGGCGGCCAAGGCUGCCUAAAUAACUCGCUAUCAACGUUUACUUAAUUAUUACGUUCGUAUCAACCAUCCAACAUCAACUGUGUGAAUCGAUCCAUGAAUUGUCGACUAGAAUCGUAAUUUAUUUCCCCCUGUCGUUUUUUCCUCUCUUAGGCUCAUUCUCUUCAGCUUAACACCUCACCAUCAUUUUCUGUAAAAUUUCCCUUGAUUCUCAAGAGGUAUUCCAGAAAAACCUGAACUAUCCUCUUUACGAUGAAUAUGAAAAUUUAUUAAUGGUAAAGACCUCAUUAAAUCGACAAUUCAUGAUGCAAUGCCAUCGCAUUUAAUCGACGAUAUUCGCAUUUUCGUGCUGUUUCAAUUCUUUAAAAUCGUUGUAACGGUUUUGUAACAUCUCGAGAAACAACGAAGGAGUAAAUAAAUUGAGAGAAAAUUGACAGACGCAGCUUGAGCGAUGCUGUGAAGAUAAUACGUGUAGGAAACAAUAGAACUGUAAUCUAGCUACAGAAUUUAACCAUUAUUGCCUAGACAUUUUGGAAUUCCGUGGUUGAAUUUCCAAAAUUAUUUAAAACAAAAUGUGAAAAAUAGACAAAUAAAACAUUUGUGAAUUUAGAAGGAGAAGUCAUUCACGAACGGAAUAUGCAAAAAAUAUUAUAUUGGGACGUCAGUGCUAAAUGCCAAAUUCAUUUGGUGCUGUUACUAGUCUGGAGCGUUUUACAGAGUUCCAUCCAGUUGGCGAAAUAUUCACGAGUCCCUCAACAGCUCAACCCGUAGUAUUCGUAAUUUGUAACGUAAAACAAAGGCUCCCGCUCGAUUUUUUUUUCUCAUUUCCACGCCCUCAAAAUUGUCAUCGUAGCGAUUCUGCAAUUCUGUGAGUUUUCAAAAUCGUUAUGAUUUGAUUUCGUUCUCUUUCUGUGUGUACAUUGAGGCGAUGCAUGAUCGAUGGUAAAUCUAUCGUUAUGAUGAAUGAAUGAGUGUGUGACAUGUAAUUUAUAUAAACCAAUUUUAAGGAAAUCGUAAUAAAGAAAAGUCCCAUGAAA